GAUUUGUCUUGUCUUGUCCACGCUAUCAUCUGCGUUGGCCAUCAGUGUCUGCAGUGUCUUGUCUGCCAACUGCGCCCACUCAGGUAACGUUUGUAUCAUGCAGACUAGUUACCUAGGUACUCAACCGUCAAGAUCGUGAUGCUACGAUAUGCCCUUGAGAUGACUCUUUCCUCGACAGUGUCUCUUACUCGUCAUAUCGUUCAAACCGAGCUCAGAAGGUGGAAUGCAAACGUGUGUGACGAAUUAACUUGACCAGUGGGUUGGGCUGGGUUGCUUGAGGACGAGGUCAAGGAACAGAUCAGUCACCCAUCCCUCCAUCCAUCCAUCCACCCACCGACCUAUGCGCUCGCCCUUCCAUCUGCUGGACACCGACCCAAUGACCGAAAUACUGGAAGUCGUUCCAUUACCUCCAAUACCAAUCAAAACCUCCUACACGUCCACCAUGUCAUUGUGGCUGUAUGGUAUCUUGUCAGCAUGGUUUCUCUACUAUGUGAUUUCCACAGCCAGAUCAUAUUGGCGACUGCGACAUAUCAAGGGACCUCCACUCGCUGCGAUAUCCCACCUGUGGUAUGUCCGCGCCGCUGUCGCCAAUAAAGCCUACCUGCGUCUAUCUGAGGCCUGCGACAAAUAUGGCCCUACCGCUCGCAUCGGACCCAAUACCCUCGUGACAUGCGAUGAAGAACUCAUUCGCAAAAUGUGCAGCGUGCGAUCCUCCUAUAGUCGAGGAGAUUGGUAUCGAGCAUUCAAAUUCGAUGCCGACCGUGAGAAUCUGUUCUCAGAACCGGAUGAAGAGAAACAUAUCAAGAUGCGUAUGCGAGUGACGGCCGGGUAUUCCGGGAAAGAAAACCCUACCCUGGAGACCGACAUCGAUCGUGUUUUGUGGCAGUUGUUUGAUCUGAUCAAAAGGAAGUAUAUCAGUCGUGGGUCCGACCUCAGACCGUUGGAUUUUGCAAAUACGAUGCAAUUCUUUACAUUGGAUGUCAUCACGUCUUUGUCAUUGAGUCAGCCGUUUGGGUGGAUCAGUGAAGACAAAGACAUGUAUGAAUAUGUCAAGACUAUGGAGGAAAACAUGCCUGCCAUGAACUUUAUGUCUGCGGUGCCGAUUCUCAGUAGAAUCAUGCGAAUUCCCGCCGUCCAGCGGGCUGCACUCCCAACAGUCAAAGACCGAGUGGGUAUGGGCAAGAUCAAAGCUGUCACACGAGACAUCAUUGCCCGUCGAUUCGGACCCGAGAAGGAAACCAAACAGGACAUCACUCAGAGCUUCAUCAAACAUGGUCUCACCGAAGCAGAGAUUGGCGAUGAAUCCUUACUACAAAUCCUCGCCGGCAGCGACACCUCAGCUACCAUUUUGAGGUCUGGAUUCAUACACAUUAUAUCCACACCAAGGAUCUACAACCGCCUACAAGCCGAAUGCGUCAAUGCAGGAGUUCCCCUAACGGAAAUCAUCUCCAACACUCGCGCACUAGACCUACCCUACUUGAACGCCGUCGUCAAAGAAGCCCUUCGCUACCACCCGGCCGCCACAGGCUUAAUGCCCCGAAAAGUCGGCCUUCAAGGGGACAUGCACAAGGGUAUGUACUUACCUCCAGGGACAGAAAUCGGGUUUUGCGCCUGGAAUGUGUACCGCAAGAACACGGUGUAUGGCGCAGAUGCGGAUGUGUUUCGACCGGAAAGAUGGCUUGAAGCGGAUGAGGAGACUCUGGCGCGUAUGGAGAAGUCGCAUGAGUUGGUGUUUGGAUAUGGUAAGUAUAGGUGCAUGGGUGAGAAGGUGGCAAGGAUUGAAUUGCUCAAGACUUUUUUCGAGUUGAUGAGACGGUUUGAGUUUAGUUUUAUCGAUCCUAAUAAACCCAUGGAGUCGGAUACGAAUUAUGGGCUUUGGAUUCAGAAGGGCAUGUGGUUGAGAGUGGAGGAACAUGUCGAGGUUGAGGAGAUGAAGGAGAACAAGGAAGCGGUCCAGUGAGGUUGAAGUGGACGUGUAGAUACAUGUACAUAUCUAUCCUGUACAUGUACGUAAGGAUGUACGUACAUUGAUAUUGAUGUUGAUGUUGAUAUUGAUAUUGAAAGACUGUAAAUGAAUCUGAGAUGUUG